AUGGUGAAAAAGGUUAAGAGUUCUGUUACUUAUGCCAAAAUGCGCGGAAUCGUUUCGUAUUUUACAGCGUUAAUUAAGGAGAAAAAAUUUGUCUCGAAUGACUUGAUGCAGAAGUUCGGGUCCAGCCAUCCGAUCUACCGGCAUCUGGACUCUGACGGAUUCCUGAGGCCAGAUGACGGCCUGCCUGUAGAAGGUGGAGCAACUGCAUUGUGCUUCAGUAACCCAGCAAUACAGGAGAGUUCAAGGGUGUCAGCUGCAGAUUUUGACUACCUUAAAGUGAUUGGUACCGGGAGCUUUGGAAAAGUGUUGUUGGCCAGACACAGAGAGACUGACGAAUACUAUGCUGUCAAAGUCAUUCAGAAACACACCAUUCUGAAGAGGAAAGAGGAAGGUCAUAUAAUGUGUGAGCGCAGGGUUCUGCUGAGGACCCUAAAUCAUCCGUUUCUGGUUCGACUUCACUUCAGCUUUCAGACUAGAGACAGGCUGUACCUGGUCCUGGAUUAUGCUUCCGGAGGAGAGCUCUUUUAUCAUCUCCAGAGGGAAGGGUCAUUUGUUGAAUCAAGAGCCCGAUUCUACGCAGCUGAAAUGGCCAGUGCACUGGGAUACUUACACUCUCUGAACAUUGUCUACAGGGACCUGAAACCAGAAAAUGUCCUGCUAGAUUCCGCUGGACAUGUCCUGUUGACAGACUUUGGCCUGUGUAAGGAGGGCGUGGUCGGCGAUGCGACCAUCCGAACUUUCUGCGGUACUCCGGAGUACCUCGCCCCCGAGGUCCUCCAGCAGCGCGAGUACGACAGAACCGUGGACUGGUGGGGACUUGGGGCGGUGCUGCACGAGAUGCUCUAUGGUUUGCCAGCCUUCUUCAGUCCUGACCGAGCUGAAAUGUUUAAAAAUAUCAUGUCCCAACCGUUGGUGCUUAGGCCAGGAGUGUCAGCAGCAGCGAGAGAUCUACUGAAAAGACUCUUACAUAAAGACCGUACCAAGAGACUUGGAGCCAAACAUGAUUUGGCGGAGCUGAAGUGUCACUCAUUCUUCUCCUCUAUUCAGUGGGAGGAGCUUGUUGCUAAGAGAAUCCUGCCUCCUUUCAUCCCCUCAUUGUCUGGGCCAACUGACCUGGCCAACUUUGACCCUGAGUUCACUCAACUUCCUGUUCCGCCAUCACUGGGAAUGUGCGAAGGAACAGGAAUGACUUUCCCCGGAUUCAGCUACAUGAGCGAAAACGUCGACACCGCGUCCAGUCACGCCAAAGGACACUGA